AUGAAUGUACGCAUCUUCUCUUCUGCGACACGUCUCGGGCGUUUGAUGUCAAAAAAUUCGGGGCUCCAUGCUUCAAUCCGAUCAAUACAGGUAGCAACGGCUUCAUCUUCUCGCAAUUUUCAAGCAGUAUCGACGCAGGACACCCACACACGAAACCCACACAUCUACCUCUCUGGUAUUUCUCUUGUGCUCGCAUCUUCUGUGGCUGUGGUAGCACAUGCAGAGGCAGCCACAUCCCCCCCAUCGGCGUCCAUUUUGGAUGAUGAGCCGGUCGGUUUGUCAGUGCUGACCAAGACUGAGAAUGCAACAGGUGUACAAUUCCCGAUAACCUUUAAUGAUGCUGGCACAUUGCAUGGCACGGGUGUGCGCCUGAUGGGCGGUUUAGUUCGCGUGUAUGCUCUCGGCUUGUACGCUGAUCGCUCCGCGUUACGUGAUGCUUUGUCGAACUGGAAGGGCUUUUCGCGAGAAGAAAUCCUAUCAUCGGAUGCUCUGUGGGAUUCCGUUUGCGAUGUGAAUUCAUCUUUCACGAGGACAUUUAGAUUUGUCGUAGUUCGUGAGGUCGGUGGAAGGCACAUGCGCACUGGAUUUGAGCGGGGUUUGGCGCCGCGCGUAGCGAAGGCGGUGAAGAAAGGAAGAUGUAAACCGUCUGAGUGUAAGAAAGCUACUAAGAAGUUUGCCGAUAUGUUUCUCGGAGUUGGUACGAUGAAGGUUGGAUCGGAGGCUGUGGUAGUAUUGGAUGGAGACAAGGUCAGUUUAACGAUCGACGGGCGUUGGAUGGGGGAAGUUAGGAACCCGCAACUUUCAUGGGCUAUGGCCGACAUGUUUCUUGGCGGAAAUGCCGUUGCUCCAACAUUGAGAGUUUCUGCUGCAGAGACUCUGGAGAUGCUCUUGAGGGAAUGA